AUGGAGUGGAGGAGGGAUAGGGGGGGAAUUGUUGGGGGGUUAUGGAAUUAUGAAGGGGUAAGAGAUGGAGAAGUGGAGGAGGAAAGGGUGGUGGUGGGUGAAGAGGUGGGUAGGGGUGAAGAGGUGAUGGGUGUGGUAGAGGAUGGAAUGGGGUGGAGGGAGUGGGUGGGGGGAAGUGGGAUGGGGGGUGGGGGGGAGAGGGGUGGUAAUGAUUUUGGUUGGGGGGGUAGGGGUGAGGAAAGGGUGGGGGGGUUUGGUUUGAAGGGUGGGGGGUAUGUGGGGGUGGGGGGGGGGGGGGGGGGGGGGGUGGGUUUGGGUGUUGAUUGUGGAGAUGUAGGGGAUUUGGGGGGGGUGGGGGGGGUGGGUGAUUGGAGUGUUGGGGGGGUGUGGGGGGGGGGUGGGGGGGGGGUGGGGGAGGGGGGGGGGGGGGAUUGGAUUGGAUGGGGGAUUUUGGUGUUUUGUGGGGUUGUGGGGGGGGGGGGGGUGUUGAGGAUGGUUGGGGGUUGGGGAAGGUUGGGAGUUGGGUUGGAUUGGGGGGUUGAUGGGGGGGGGGGUGUUGAUAAGGGAAUAAGAGAAGGUAAGAGAGGGAGGGGGGGGAUAGUUGUUGGAUGGAGAGUUGGGGGGGGGGGGUUGGGGGGGGAGUGGGGUGGGGGUUGGGUUUGGGAUGAGGAGGAUGGAUGGAGGGGUUUAGAGUGGGGGGGGGUGGGGGGGUUGAGUAUUGGGGGGGGGGAGGGGGUUAGGGGUUUGGGGGGGGGGGUGGGGGUUGGGGUUGGAUGUUGUUUUUUUGUUGGGAGUAGAGGAAUGGAGGAUGUGGAGGAUGAGGGUGGUUGGGGGUAUUUUGUUUUGUGUGAGAAGAUGGGAUAA